GUGCAGCACGUUUUGAGCGCACCUGAAUGCCUUCUUGCAAAGUGAUUUAAUUCCACCAGGGGGCAGUCGUCCAACUUCCACAAUGAGCUAGCUCUGUACACGGUUUCCUGGAGCACACGUACGACUGGUGACAUCACACAUCUUUGACUGCCUGCACCAGCGAGCGAGCGAGCAAGAGAGAGUGAGCAGCGAAAAAGGGAGAAAAUAAACUUUUACUGAAACCUGCAUUGGACUGGACAGUUAUGUAAAGAACUGUCUUUUGAGUUGACAGAAGACACGCACUGACAUGUCAAUCAAGACAAGUUUGUGCAGUUAUUGAUUUCAUUACAUUUAGUUGAAGUUCAGCGUCUGAGUAUAUUAAUAUCGUCAGUGCUGUGUAGUCAGGCAAUUUCCGGAUUUUGUACGAAAGGAAUAACCAGACUAGUAGUAUAACUAGGGAAACAGCGAAACGGAUUAAAAACAUAUAUACAAUUUAUACACAAUAACAUAUAUACACAAUUUAUCGUAUACAUUUAUCCCUGGUUGUUGCUUGGAGAACGAGUGUCAAUGGAAACAGGGUGAACAAGUAAUCGAGAGAGAGAAGCGCUGGCUGUUGUAAAGUAAGAAGACUACAGGUCCUGAUGAUGACCGUAAAGAUGGACGAUGAUGAAGCGCUCAAUUCCAUUAUGAAGGAUCUGGCUGCCCUGGGCCGCUUCGGGGGAUUGCUGGAUGGAAGUAAACAAAGAAAUAACUACAUACCCAUCAAGCAGCAGGAUGUCCGAAUCAAACUGGAGCACGAGGGGGAGAAAAGGAUCAUUCAGUUUCGAAGGCCACUGAAAUUCAAAGAGUUGCUUCAGAAGGUGACUGAUGCCUUUGGAGAGCAGAUGGACUUGUAUUACCCGAACACUGAGCUCCUCGUUCCCUUGCGCUGCCAGGAGGAUUUGGAGAAAGCCGUGCUGUACUUGGAUCUCCACCCGUCCAUGAAGAGUCUGAGGGUGUUAGUCAAGACUCCCAAAAACAACCACUAUUUACAGGUGAACAGCCGAGCUGAUAAACCACCUGAAAUGAGGAUGUCCAAGUCUAUGGGAGACCUGAAGGGAUCCCCGUUUAAAAGCACUGAGAGGAUCCGCAAACACUCCACAGGUUCUCUGCACACAGGCCGCAGUUCCCCUCCUCCUGGCAGUGUCCCGGAGGAGCAGCAGCAGAUUGCACGGAAGGGGUCCUACACCAGCAUCCACAGCGAGGGCGAGUUUAUUCCCGAGACCCUGGACCAGAACAUACUGGAUCCCUUUGGCAGGGCUGACAACUCCCUCUCAGAUAGCUGCCAUUCACUGGACAGCCCUCCAUUCUCACAAUCUGAGACCAACAGGGACUGGAACUGUGUGAAUCAGAGCCGUGAGUAUGCAGGCUGUCGAUAUGGCAAAGGCGGGACCUUUCCAAGACAGUUCCACAUCUCCCAUCAUCGUAAGGACUACAGCGAUGGGAGAAGGACAUUCCCACGCAGCUUCAUGCCUCAGGAGAACCUCUUCCAGCUCGUCCCCUCCAACAGGACACACAGUUACAACGGGGACAGCACGCCCCCCAGCAUCCAGUACAGUGACCUCAGAACCAUGCGCUGGGACCCAGAGGAGACCAGCGCCCUGACUGUGCCCUGCAAGUCCCCUCAGGCGCCCGUGAACUGGAGGUUAGGGAAGCUGCUGGGACGCGGUGCAUUUGGUGAGGUGUACCUCUGCUACGACGCCGACACAGGAAGGGAGCUGGCAGUGAAACAGGUGCCCUUUGACCCUGAGAGUCACGAAACCAGCAAGGAGGUGAACUCCUUGGAGUGCGAGAUUCAGCUGCUGAAGAACCUUCACCAUGAAAGGAUCGUGCAGUACUAUGGAUGCUUGCGGGACCCUGAGGAGAAGAAGCUCUCCAUCUUUGUGGAGUUCAUGCCGGGGGGCUCGAUAAAGGACCAGUUGAAAGCCUAUGGCGCUCUCACUGAGAAUGUGACGAGGAGGUACACCAGGCAGAUCCUGCAGGGAGUCUUCUACCUCCACAGCAACAUGAUUGUGCAUCGAGACAUCAAAGGAGCCAACAUUUUGAGAGACUCCUCGGGCAAUGUGAAGCUGGGUGAUUUUGGCGCCAGCAAGCGCAUCCAGACCAUCUGCAUGUCAGGCAGUGGGAUGAAGUCCGUGACCGGGACUCCGUACUGGAUGAGCCCCGAGGUGAUCAGUGGAGAAGGGUAUGGCAGGAAAGCAGACGUCUGGAGUGUGGGCUGCACAGUGGUGGAGAUGCUGACAGAGAAGCCCCCCUGGGCGGAGUACGAAGCCAUGGCUGCUAUCUUCAAAAUCGCCACCCAGCCGACCAAGCCCAGGCUGCCGGAGGGCGUGUCCGAGUCCUGCAGGGACUUCCUCAUGCGGAUCUUUGUGGAGGAGAAGCAGCGGCCCACUGCAGAGGAGCUCCUGGGGCACAGCUUCUUCCAGGGCAGCCUCUAGCAGCCAAGGAGGGAGGGAUCAAGAAAGCAAGCAAACCGCGUGGGCUCUUUCUGAAAUGGCGUCUUGUAUUUUUUUGUUUUCCCUGCCAUUUUUGUUUUUGCUGGGGCAGCCCAAAGAGGGGUAAAAAAGGGACAUAAGAAAAGUAAAUAGCCACUACUCAUGUUGUAUCUUGUAUAUUUUCGUACUCGUAGAUGGAAAGUGACGCCUCUUGUGCAGAAUCUUACCAGCUGCACACAACGCAGCCACUCCGCGCACUACCCUGAAAUCCCAGCCCAGGCUCUGCAGCGCACACAACGCAGCAACUCCGCGCACUACCCUGGAAUCCCAGCCCAGGCUCUGCAGCGCACACAACGCAGCCACUCCGCGCACUACCCUGGAAUCCCAGCCCAGGCUCUGCAGCGCACACAACGCAGCCACUCCGCGCA